AUGGGGCCAAAAGAUGACUGCGAGUCAUGGUUCUACUUACUUAUUGAUAUUACUUUUCCACAAGGAUUGUUAUGGAAAGCACUCAGUGAAAAGAACGAAGUUCUGCGGAUGAAAGAGGAAAUAAGGAAAGAGAAACGGGAAGCUCAAUUCGGAAACAUGAAGUGCAAGGAAGAGCUCACACGAGUAUUGGACUACAUUGACAGUCUACACUAUCACGAUCACGUUGAUUAUACGUUCAUAUACAAACUAUUAGAAGAG